UAAUAAAAAAUGAUUAGAAUAGAGAGAAUAAACUAUGCUCCAAGUUCACUUUUUUGAAUGUGGAGUUAGGUCUAAAUAACUAUGAUAAAAGUAGACUCAUACUUUGAUAAACUUCCUGCCUGCAUCAGACAACCAGGUGAAGAGGAAACAUAAAUAUCAGCCACACCUUUUUACCUAACCUGCCGUCUCAGAGUAGCUCGGCACAAGGCGUUUUGCUGCGUCACUCAGUCACUCACUGAUCUCUACACCUGGAUGGUAUACGUAGACAGUGUGAUACAAUACUUCAUCUUCCUGGCAUUGUGGAUACCAAGGGUCAAGCUAUGUCCACUCCGGUUUCUCAGGGGGUUCUACGGCCUGUUCUGAUUGGCGGUUUUUUUAUGGCAUGCUUCGUGGGAAUAUUCUUAAUUUACUACAAAUCCCAGAUCAAGUUCCUUUCAUGCCCUACUGACCAGGCAUCCCACGAGGGGAAGGCUAGUUGUUCUCCUUGCCCUCAAGUAAGUAUGGCAGGAAACAACACAGGGCAAAAAACACACCAUGCCCAGACAGCCAUUCAGGCCGAUGAUGACGGAGACACAGACACUAUCAUUUUGAUCUGGAUGUGGCCAUUUGGUCAUGCCUUUGACAUAGACUCUUGUGUCUACUUUAACAUCAAAGGCUGUCACCUAACAGUGGAUAAAAACCUUUACAGCAAGGCGCACGGUGUCAUAUUCCACCAUAGAGACAUCCAUGGAGACCUGAAGAACAUGCCCCAAGAGCAACGUCCAUGGUUCCAGAAAUGGGUGUGGUGGAAUGCAGAAUCACCGGCUAACACAAACAGGAUCCCUGGUGUUGACCACUUGUUCAAUUUGACUGCCAGUUAUCGACUGGAUUCUGAUAUCAAGGUUCCAUAUGGGUCGCUUGUCGAGGUAACCAGUGAGGAUAAAAUCUUUGAGCUGCCCAAGAAGGACAAAUUAGUCUGCUGGGUAGUGAGCAACUGGAACCCAAACUACAAGAGGGUACAGGUGUUCAAUGAGCUCAGUAGGCAUGUCAAAGUAGAGGCCUAUGGGAGACAUUUUAGUAGAUACCUAGAAAACGAAGACUACUCAAAGACGCUGUCCAGCUGUAAAUUCUACCUGGCAUUUGAAAACUCCAUCUACAAAGACUAUGCUACAGAGAAGCUGUUCAACGCUAUGAAGUUGGGAGCAGUGCCCAUUGUUCUAGGUCCAUCCAGGGACAACUACGAGCAAUUUAUCCCAAGGGACUCUUUCAUCCAUGUGGAUGAUUUCUCCUCUACAGAGGAGCUGGCAAAGAAGCUUCUCUUUCUCGAUCAGAAUGAGGAAGAAUACAUGAGGUACUUCACCUGGCGAAAUAACUUUAAAGUCCAGGGGUGGUGGUUUGGACUUGAGCACGCCUGUCGCUCAUGUGAUUACAUUAGAAGAAAUAAAGGAUACAAAACUUUUCAGAAACUAAAUAAAUGGUUUUGGGGCUAAGUGACACAUUUGUAGUGAGACAUUUCUAUGUAAAAGGACCCAUUAACGCCAACCUGUGAAGUUCAAUCAAUACAAUGUUUUAUAAUGCCCUUUUUAUAUCUGCAGUUGUCACAACAUGCUUCUACAGAAACCGAAUCUAAAACCCCAAAGAGCAAGCAAUAUAGAAGCACGCUGGCUAGGAAAAACUCCCUAGAAAGGCUGGAACCUAGGAAGAAACCUAGAGAGGAACCUGGCUUUGGUUGUGGCGGGAGGAGAUUAUACGAAUACAUGGGCAUUAAGGCCAGAUCGUUCUUCUAGAUUUUCAAACAUAUAUAGGCGACCAGUAGGGUCAAAUUCUAAUUAUAGUGGUUAUAGAUGUCCAGGACAAUGUAGCGUGAACGGGUCAGGGUUCCAUAGCCGCAGACAGAACAGCAGAAAGUGGAUCAGCAGCACGACAAGGUAGUCCGUUCGGUGCACAGGUCAGGGUUGCAUAGCUGCAGGCAAACAGCAGAAGCUGGAUCAGCAGCACAACCAGGUCUUUCUGGUUCUCAAGUACCUCCAGCAGUACACAUUUUCAUUGGAGCACUGGAUAAACACACCUCAUUCAACUCAUUGAGGGCUUGAUGAUUAGUUGACAAGUUGAAUCAGGUGUGCUUGUCCAGGGUUACAAUAAAAAUGUGUACUGUUGGGGGUACUCGGGGACCAGGGUCGGGAAACACUGACUUAAAACAGUGAAUGUUCCUGAGUGACCGAGCUACAUUUUUUACUUAAAUCUACUUGAAAAUCUAUGGCAAGCCCUGGAAAUGGUUGUCUAGAAAUAAUCAACAACCAAUUUGACAGAGCUUGAAGAAUGUUUAAAAGAAUAAAUGGCAAAUGUUGCACAAUCCAGGUGUGGAAAGCUCUUAAGCCUUGUUCACAAUGCAGGCCUUAAUGCUCUAAUCUGUUUUGGAAUACUGACUGUCCAAACAGCAAGUUACAAGUGACCAAAUCAGAUCUAUGUGUGUUCAGACAGCAGUCAUUUGCUGAUAAGGCUAUGCUAGUUGUCAUAGUAAUGACAGGUGUGUGUGUGAGAGAGCAGUAGUGUAGGCUGAUUGGUAGUAGUGCUUCCUUUCACUCAGAAUUUGCAAAGCAAGCUAAAGUGACAACAAUGCCUGCCAUGGACGUUUCCCAGUUGAUUUGAAUGUUUAAAAUCAGAGUGGAAGAACACUUUUAAAGCCUCAAAGGAUAAGAUGAUCCAACUUGUCAAACUGAGUAGCUAGCAAGCAACAAGAUAUGCCAAAUAACAGUCUAAAAAGCACUUGAGGGUAAAUAAAUCACAAGUCACAUGGCCAGAAAUCCUAUUUUUAUCUUUUAUUAAAAAAUAUAUAUAUUUAACUUUUAUUUAACUAGGUAAUCUAGUUGAGAACAAGUUCUCAUUUACAACUGCGACGUGGCCAAGAUAAAGCAAAGCAGUGCGACACAAACAACAACACAGAGUUUCACAUGGAAUAAACAAGCGUACAGUCAAUAAUACAAUAGAAAAAAAUAAAGUCUAUAUACAGUGUGUGCAAAUGGCGAGAGGAGGUAAGGCAAUAAAUAGGCCAUAGUAGCGAAGUAAUUACAAUUUAGCAGAUUAACACUGGAGUGAUAAAUUAGCAGAUGAUGAUGUGCAAGUAGAAAUA